AUGGUUGAAAUUGUAGGUCAUAGAGCAUUUGCUGGUAAAUAUCCUGAAAAUACUCUUGAAGCAUUUAAUAAAGCUUAUGAAGCAGGUGUACCAAUUUUAGAAACUGAUUUACAAAUGACAAAAGAUGGUAUUGUUAUUGUUAAUCAUGAUAGUACAACAGGUAGAAUGUGGAAUAAUGAUUAUAUAAUUGCAAAUGAAAAUUUUGAAAAUUUAUUAAAUUUACAACAUAAAUAUUUAUCACAAGAAAAAUUUAUGACAAUCGAUGAUUUAUUAAAUUGGGCAAUUGAUCAUCCAAAUUGUAAAUUAAUGUUAGAUAUUAAAUUUGAUAAUGAUAAAAUUUUAAUUAAUAAAAUUCAUUCAUCAAUGUUAAAAUUAAAUAAUAAUAUUAAUUAUUGGCAAAAGAGAAUUAUUUGGGGUGUUUGGUCAUUAGAUUGGUAUCAAUAUGGUAUAACAACAGCUUUAUUAAAAAAUUUUGAUAUUAUUGUGAUUACAAUGUCAUUAGAUGUUGCAGAAAAAUUUAUCAAAUUUUCAGCUGAAUUAAAUGAUCCAGAUUAUGCUUUAUAUGGUAUUUCUUUAUUAUAUGUUUCAUCAUGGACAAAAAAAUUUAGAGAUCAUUUAGUGCCAUUAAUUCAAAAAUUUAAUAUUCAUGUAUUUCUCUGGACUGUUAAUAAACAAAUUGAUAUGGAUUAUUUAAUCGGUUUACCAAUUUAUGGCAUUAUAACAGAUGAUCCAAUAACAACAACUGCAUAUAUUCAGUUAUUGAAAGAUAAAAUCAUUGCUAAAAAACCAUUCAAUAUUCCACAAUUAACUUCACGUGAAGGUAUUAGAUUUUAUUCAUUUUGUAUCAUUUAUGAUGUUAUUGACCAAAUAUUACAUUCAGGUUGGGCUCAUACUCCAAUUUUAUUUGGCUAUUCAAUUUCAAAAAUGACUUAUACUGUAUUGAAAGCAAUUCAUUUCAUGUAA